UUAGUGACGGCUGGCUGAUGCUGCAGAAUCUGCAGGAUCGUGAAUUCGGCCAGCUAAUCGAUUGCGAGGAUACCCUGAGGGAUAUCCUUCGGGGUAAGAUAGCGAACGUGUCGGAGGUGCCGAAAAUCAUGGCCUGGAUGUCGGGACAUAUCACGGAGAAACGUUUCAAUAUCAAUCCCAUUUCGAACGACGUCGCCCUGCUGUUACAGAACACGGACAUCGACGACAUGUCGCACCUGACUGAGCUUCUCAACACAUUGGUGGAGCACAGGGCAUACCUGCCCCGGUCGGCGAAUCACACGAAGCUCUGUGAGGCGAUAGUCACAAGUCUGUCUUCCUUUCAAAUGCCCUUGGAGCCGAAAAAAAUAUCAGAGUUUUAUGACAACACUACUAAGAUCCAGCAUUUUCUCAAGGGGUUGUGUUCAAACAUAAAGAACGGCGAGCGUGACAUUCUAAUGUUUACUUGUCUCCAAACUUUGUACAAUAUUAUAUCUGACACAAACAGAAAGCAGGAGCCAGGCCCGGGACUCGCUACCAUAUUACAGCUUGUGGAAGCUUCCGUUAUUCCACAGGCGGUAGACUGGAUCUUAUCUCAGUCCCAUACCGAUCAUCAAUUGAUACAAGCCUUAAAAGUUCUGUGCAAUUGGUUACCGAAAUGGCUUGAAGAUCGACUGAGUGUUUGGAUUAUGGAAUUCAUACGUGGUUUAGAGAAACAACAAAAGUAUUCUACUCUUCUUGAACUUACAGAAUCGUCGAUAGAUAUACUAGUGUUAAUGUGCAGCGUGUUGCUAGUACCGGUAAUACGUCAAAAUGCUUCCAACAUUAUAUUUUACAUCUUGAAGAGGCAAAGUUCAAUGUCGUUUGUUCAGAAUGUAGUUAAAAGAAUACCAGCGUUGAUAAAAGAUCUGAUGAAGGAAGAUUCAGAUUCCAGUAAAGAGUGCAUACAGAAUUUGGUCGACAUCAUGAAAGUCUACAGCAAGAGAUUUUCUACUUGUAUGCCAUGUGGAAAUACAGAGAAUUAUCCUUAUCCCGUACUACCACGAAUGCAUGUUGUCAAAGAACUCUGCAGAGAGCCAGUGUGGAUAGACGAGACAAAAGAGUUUGAACCAAUCGUGGAACCAGAAAGGCCAUUGUCUGGAAAAGUUGGACUAUCCAAUCUGGGAAAUACUUGCUACAUGAAUAGUGUACUACAAGCCUUAUUAAUGACCAGACAAUUCUGCCAAGAAGUAUUGAACUAUCGUUCUUUAAAUGAAUCGGGUAAAACACCCUUGCUGGAGAGACUUCAAAAUUUGUUUGCAUUGCUAUUAUAUUCUAAGAGAAUAUGUUUGGCACCGACUGAGAUAUUACGAGCGUCGCGGCCAACGUAUUUUUUGCCUGGACAGCAACAGGACAGCUCAGAAUUUCUCUGUCAUCUUCUGGAUGUCCUGCACGAGCAAGAAAAAUCUGCCAAUUCAAACUGUGGAGGGAAUGAUAGCGCAGCAACUCUUAAAUGUAAAAUUGAAAAGCAAGAAGAUGACGUAACAUUGCCGAUGGAGCCAACAAAAAGUAGUAUUAAACGAUGGACAACUGAAGAAGAUUUAACAGAAGGCUUGGCUUUACAAAGAAAAACACAAUCAUUGGCGGAUUUUACACGAGGUGAAGAACUAGGACAACGGCUUAGCGAUUCUCAUUCGGAUUCAACCGACAGCGGUAUACAAUCCGUAGGCGGUGAAGAAACAGGCACUUACACGUCUCUUGUACAUAGAGUACUAGGUGGAGAGUGUCAGAUCACUUAUCAAUGUGCACAAUGUGACACUAGCUCUCGCAAUACAGACAAAUUUCGCGACCUGCAGUUGUGUUUUCCUGAAGAGAUACAGGAGAACCAAGAAGUUUCCGUUCAAGAUCUCAUUAACUAUUAUCUCACACCGGAGAAACUUACGGGAGAGAACAAGUAUCGAUGCGACAAGUGUACGAAAUUAUGCGACGCGCAGAGGAUCAUUACAAUCUUACAAGCACCCGCGCAUUUGAUUCUAACGCUGAAACACUUUCGAUAUGAUUUUGAUUCUCGAUUAAGGACAAAACUUCGGCAUAAAGUAGUAUAUAAUGAUACUAUACAGUUGCCAGUAUCGGCGAUACCAUAUACCAUAGCCGAAACGUAUCACUUGUAUGCUGCCGUUGUGCAUUCUGGAUAUAGUAUGGAUUAUGGACACUAUUUCACGUAUGCUUGUGAUUCCAAGCAGAAUUGGUAUAAAUUUAAUGACAGUUUUGUAACCCAAACCACGUUUGAGGACUUCAAGAGCUUGAAACCUCCUGAUACACCCUAUAUAUUGUUCUACGAAAAGUCGGGAGCUCAUGAUGGGAUCUAUGAAGAUGAUAAGCCCGAAUUGUCAACUUUAAGUAAACGUUUACAGGAAUUAGUAGCGAAUGACACUACAGAUUAUAUAGAGGAGCUCAGACGUCGAGCGAUAGCGUCACAGCGUAGUCAACUUCCGACAAAACCUUUGAGACAGCAUAACAAUACCGAUGAUGAUAAUCCGCCACCCAGUAGUUGUCGCGGUGCAAUCGACGUUCCGGCGAAUCGUUUUCUUUAUUGAAAGAAAGAAUCUGUUACACACAAACCGCGAUAAUCUUGCCAAUUG